CUCAAACGUACAACUGACCCUGCCAUUGCCAAACUAUGUCCAUUUAUAUAUCCACUCAAGUUCUUCAAGGUUUGCUUCGAGAAUUCCACUCUAGAAGGUUGCUGCUUUCUACACCAACCUCAGCAGCUCCUCCGAACCCGGAAAUCCACAGCAAUUCGUCGGACACUUACACCGGUAAUAACAGCUUCGAUGCCAACAUUGUUAUGGUUCUAUCAGUCCUCUUGUGUGCCCUCAUUUGCUCACUCGGACUCAAUUCCAUCUUCAGGGGUGCAUUAAGGUGCUCGAAUUUAGUAGGUUCAGAAUCUGGAGCCAACACAUCGAGUCGGUUAGCAAACAGAGUGAAGCUUAAAGCGUUGAAGACGUUUCCGACGGUGAAAUACUCUGCCGACUUGAACCUCCCCGGCUUGGACACAGAGCGUGUGAUAUGUCUAUCGGAUUUUGCACCCGGUGAGCCGGUGCGGCUCCUACCAAAGUGCAACCAUGGGUUCCAUGUUAGGUGCAUUGAUAAGUGGCUAAGCUCCCAUUCAUCUUGCCCCAAAUGUAGACACUGCCUCGUCAAGACAUGCCAAAAGAUUGUCAGGUGUAGCCAGGCAAGCUCGUCGGAGCCUCCUCCCGUGCAAGAAACCGUUGUGACCAUCGCACCUGUAGAUCGUGAAGGUCUGAUGCAUAGUUAUAGGUGAAUUGGCUGUCAGAAUCUUUUGUUUAUUGUAUCAGAUGCAACCCAUAAUUCAGCUAUUUGCCCUGGAAAUUAGCACUAGAA